UUUUUUUUGAGGUUUAAAUGGGUCCAUGUCUUUCUAUGUUACUUUUCUCACCAUUUUUGCUAGUUCAAGCACCUUCCUUUUUUACUUUUUAUUAUUUUUUAUCAAAAUUAUUUUAACGUUUUUUGGAAAUUUAUACCUUUCUAACGCUUUGAAAUAGACUUUUCAAUGUAUUUUUUUUUUCUAUUAACCUUGAUUUUCCGGCCUAUAAAUAUUAGAGUGCAUAACGCUUCAUUUCUUAUCUCUCAAAUUCUCUUAUAAUUCACUGGACUUAACAACAUUAAAUUCUUCUUCUAUAUUCUCUACUUUCUCCCAACAAAUUUUACAUUGUAGUUUCCUUAUACCCUAACAAACACUACCCAAUUGCCACCAACUACAAUACAAGAACAAAAGAAACAUUCAUAGCUGAAAAUUCUUAUUUGUUUAAAAAUGCAGUCGUCAAUGAGCAACGGUGCUUACGAUAGUCAUCAACUUCUUUCCAAGGUAGCAACAAACAAUGGGCACGGCGAGGAUGUCGAGUAUUUUGACGGGUGGAAGGCUUAUGAUAAUGAUCCUUACCACUCUUCCAGCAAUCCUAAUGGUGUAAUUCAAAUGGGACUUGCUGAAAAUCAGCUUAGCUUUGAUUUAGUCAAGGAGUGGAUGCUUAAAAACCCACAAGCUUCAAUAUGUACACCCGAAGGAGUCGACAAGUUUAUGGAAAUUGCUAUAUUCCAAGAUUACCAUGGCUUGCCCGAGUUCCGUUCUGCUGUUGCAAAGUUCAUGGGGAAAGCGAGAGGUGACAAAGUGACCUUCGACCCCGAACGAAUAGUAAUGAGCGGAGGAGCCACCGGUGCGAAUGAGACGAUAUUGUUUUGCUUGGCCGAUCGAGGAGACGCAUUUUUGGUCCCCUCACCUUAUUAUCCAGCAUUUAACCGUGAUUUGGGUUGGAGAACUGGCGUAAAACUAAUUCCAAUUACCUGUGAAAGUUGGAACGGUUUCAAGAUUACUGAACAAGCCUUAAUCUCAGCUUAUGAAGAUGCACUAACGAAGAACGUUCGAGUUAAGGGCAUAAUCGUCACAAACCCUUCUAAUCCUUUAGGGACAGUCCAAGAUAAGGAUACCCUAAAAAUGUUGGUAAACUUUGUGAAUGACAAAAGAAUUCAUCUAGUAUGUGAUGAAAUAUAUGCAGCUACUGUAUUUAGCUUGCCAAGGUACACUAGUGUGGCCGAGAUUGUAACGGACAUGCCACACGUUAACCUUGACCUUAUUCAUAUCAUCUAUAGCUUGUCUAAGGACAUGGGCAUGCCAGGGUUCCGAGUUGGGAUUGUGUACUCUUACAAUGACCGCGUUGUGACCACUGCUCGUAGGAUGUCAAGCUUUGGGCUCGUUUCUUCACAAACGCAACAUAUGCUAGCCGCCUUGUUGUCCGAUGAUGAGUUCGUGACAAGGUUCUUAGACACAAGCCGAGAAAGGCUAUCGCGAAGGCACCAACAUUUUACAGGCGAAUUGUCUAAAGUUGGGAUCGAGUGCCUAAAGAGCAACGCUGGACUAUUUGUAUGGAUGGACUUGCGACACCUAUUGGAGGAGGCAACAACGGAAGGGGAGUUAAAGCUAUGGAGAGUAAUUAUAAAUGACGUGAAAAUCAAUGUAUCACCAGGCUCAUCAUUCCACUGCUCGGAGCCUGGAUGGUUUAGGGUGUGCUUCGCAAACAUUGAUGAUGGGACCGUGGAAGUUGCCCUCCAAAGGAUUAGAUCCUUUGUAAAGCGCGAUAAGAGGGAGGUAAAACCAAAAACAUCGCUUAAGAAGAGGAAGGAACAGAUGCAACUUGGUCGUCUUAGCUUUAACAAUCGAAGAAUCGACGAAAGUAGUCUCAUGUCACCACAUAAUUUGUUAUCACCUCAUUCUCCCAUUCCUCAAUCUCCACUCGUUAAAGCCAGAACCUAAAACAUUUUAAGUAAUACUAUAUGAAGAAGCAUAUAUAAGUAUAAAUAAAAUCACGUAUGUAGCUAAUUUCAUGUUUUAGUAAAUACAAUACAUAAUCUCAUAAAACUAACUACUUUUUAGUCUGUUUAAAAUUUGGUCAACUAUUAAGGGACCCAAUUAGAUUGUAUUUGUGCGUAGAAAAGCAAAAAGUAUAUUCGAGGGUCGGCAUUUACAACCAUAUAAAUACCAAUAACAAACAUUAUAUAUAGAAUUAGAUUGAUAUAAAAAUAAAUAAAUAAAUAAAUACUUGCAUAUAUAAAUGCAUGGCAGAAGAAAUUGACAUGAAGUAUUGUCCCACCUAUAUGUAUAGUUGUAUACCAACGUAACAUUAUGUAAUUUGGGCGUAAGUUUGUGGGCAUUAUUAGCUUGUGACCCACCCGUGAUCGAAUCCUUUUGGCUCUCAGCCUUUCACCAUUCAUUCUUGUACACUUUCCUUGCCCCACUAGCCGCCCAAGAAGCUUGCAUCAACUUCAUCAGAUCUAGGCUUUCAUGCAUUUACUUGGACGUACAAGUUUCUUCAUAAUGACUACUCCGUACUAAUAUUUAAAAUACGCGUGGCUUAAAAUGAGUUGAUGUAUGUGUAAUCGGAUUUGGCUUAGCUAGCUUGAAUUAAUUCGAAGAUAGUUCAAGAACUUUGAUGAUCUUAGCGGUGGUACACAACCGAUCAAUCAAAGUUCGACAUAAUCUUGAGUAACGAGUCAAACUCAAAUAUUGUUUU